AUGGCAAGGCAUGUGUUCAAUCGUAUCCGAGAGGGAGUGGUUGCUCAUGACCCAUACUUCGAGUGCAAGACGGAUGCCCUUGGCAAGCUUGGAUUCUUCUCUUACCAGAAAUGCACCGCGGCUAUUCGCAUGCUUGCAUAUGGAAUUCCAGGCGAUCUGGUGGAUGAGUAUGUGCGUAUGAGUGAGACAACAUGUCUGAUGUCAAUGUACAAGUUCUGCCAGGCUGUGAUCGAGGUGUUUGGCCCUGAGUACUUGAGGCAGCCAACUGCCGCUGAUACAGAGAGAUUGUUGGCGACCAACGCAGCUAGAGGCUUUCUAGGCAUGCUUGGCAGCAUAGAUUGUUCUCACAAUGAUAUCAACAUGCUGCAGCGUUCUCCAUUCUUCGCAAGGCUUGCAGAAAGUCACUCCCCACCUGUCAACUUUGAGAUCAACGGCCUCCAGUACAACAAAGGAUACUAUCUAGCUGAUGGUAUAUAUCCUCUGUGGUCAACUUUUGUGAAGACAAUCUCGAACCCCCAAGGUGAGAAGAGAAAGAGAUUUGCCCAAAUGCAAGAGAGUGCCAGAAAGGAUGUGGAACAUGCUUUUGGCGUGCUUCAAUCCCGAUGGGGUAUCAUUCGAAACCCUGCAUUGUCAUGGGAUGAAAGGAAGCUUUGGGAGGUGAUGACUGCUUGUGUGAUCAUGCACAACAUGAUCGUCGAGGACGAGCACGAUGACAGUAUCUUCGACCAAGGAUUUGAUUAUCAAGGUGAAAAUGUUGAGCCCCUGCACCAAGAACCGGCCACGUUUGAACAGUUUGUCCAAUUCUAUCGUGAGCUGCGUGAUUGGAACGUUUAUUUGGAUCUUCAAAAUGACUUGGUUGAGCAUGUGUGGGAUCACAUUGACAACCAAUAG